CUAGGCCUUCCUUCCUUCCUGCCCCGCCGCCUGAGAUUUGCAUAGACGGAGCGUGCGACUUCCUGGAACGAGAGGCGCUGCCUCGGCCUCUUACCUGGCUGGAGGAGGAGGAGGAAAGAAAGGCCGGAAGCAGGCCGGGUGGCAGCCCCGCAAGGAGAGGCUGCUGUUGCCCCUUCUCCUCCUCCUUGGAGGCCCUCUCCUUCCUUCCAUCCUUCCUUCCUGAGGGUUGACAUUUUCUUUGGAAUCUCAACAUGACCUCCUUCACAGGCUCGGUGAUGGGUCGAAGUAUACCAGUUGAAGUUGAUGAAACUGGAGAUUUGUCUUCAUUUCCAGAACAUUCAGCAGAGGAGAGUUUGGACCCUUCAGAUGAAAAUAGAGAGAACUUGGUGCCUGUGGCAUCAUACGCAUCUUCUCAUGGAGUGGCUGGGCAGCCAUGUUUCUGCAAGCAUCCAAGUUGUCCAGAUAGUAAUAAUAUUAUACUGGAAGCACAUGAUUACAAUUUCCAGGAUUCUGGAAAGGAGUUAUUUCCUUGCCCAUCUGGUGAAUCAGUGGUCUCACCAAAACUUAAUCUUUUAUCAAAUCAACUGCUAAGGCUUCGACUUUCAGCUGUUUCUCCUGAUACUGGGCAAAAUUCUGACAGUUUGCACAGAAAUUCAUCUGAUUUGUCCCACAGUUCACUUGGUGAAAGCCAUGAGAGUGCAGAAUCAAACCAGGCUCAGAGUAACAGGACAUCAUUGGAUCUACAGACAGAAGAUGUAGGAUAUGAUUCUCAACCUCUGGACGUUAUGGGUAUCCAACAACUAGAACCUCCAUUGCCGCUUACAUCUGUCUAUAACAUUCAGGAUCUCCCAAGGCCUUUGAUGUCUGGAGAGUAUCUACAGGUGGACCCUAGGCUAUGUCAUGUGCUCCCACAACUGCCUCGACCUCAGAUUUCUCCACAAGUUCAGUGGCAUCCGAGAUACUGCAUUCCUGAUUAUGCACACUAUCAGAAUCCGUAUGGGCAACCACUUCAACAACAUUUUGCAAACUCACAUAAACGACAGCAACGACCAGUAGCGGGCCCCUGCGUAAGAGCAGUCCAACCUGCUCGUCAGAUAAUCCCAAAUUUCUCCAGUCCUUAUUCCCUCAAGUGCAAUGAAGAAAAACUUGCACAAAGAGAGAUUCCUUCUGCGGAACAUCUAAGAAUCCAUGGCGAGUGUCAGGAUCACCUACUUAAUGGAAGACCAGCAUUUCAGCCUUAUGGUGCCCAUGAGGAUCUCUAUAGGUGCCCUCCUGAUUCUGCAGCUCAGCAUAACAUCCCACCAUGCCCAGUUGCCAUUCCAAAACCUCUGAGAAAUUUUGAAAUCAAGGGAACACUGAAGACAAGUAAUCUGCCAGAAGAACUACGUAAAGUCUUUAUAACCUAUUCUAUGGACACAGCCGUGGAGGUCAUGAAAUGUGUGAACUUUUUGUUUGUAAAUGGAUUUCACACUGCUAUUGAUAUAUUUGAGGACACUGUUCGAGGUAUUGACAUAAUCCAGUGGAUGGAACGUUUCCUGAGAGAUAAGACAGUAAUGAUAAUCAUAGCAAUCAGUCCAAAAUACAAACAGGAUGUAGAGGGGGCUGAAUCCCAGCUGGACAAGGAUGAACAUGGCUUACAUACUAAAUACAUCCACAGGAUGAUGCAGAUUGAGUUCAUACAGCAAGGAAGCAUGAACUUUAGAUUCAUUCCUGUGCUUUUUCCCAAUGCAAAAAAGGAACACGUACCUACCUGGCUUCAAAACACUCACAUCUACAAAUGGCCCAAAAAUAAAAACAACAUACUGCUGCGAUUGCUGAGAGAAGAGGAAUAUGUUGCUCCCCCAAUAGGACCUUUACCCACUCUCCAAGUUGUGCCAUUAUGAACGUUCUAAGUGCAUAGGAAACAAUUGUUUUAUGACUGUUGGCCACUAGCCAGGAUUUCCCUGGCUUUGCUUUCUAGGUGAUGAAAAGCAUGUGUGUAUACUCACUCUCUCCUCCUGCUAAUCAUUGUCUUGGAAUAACACAUGCCCAUGUGUUUUCUUUUAUGCUGAAUGUUUCCUUCUGCAAUUGAUCGGGCAUACUGUUUCUCUAUCAGUGCUUAAACAAACUGUAAAUGGAAAGAAUGUCCCCCAUCAUUUUUUCUUUUGCUUCUAGCAACUUGCUUUCUAAGGAUGUGGCACAGCAAGUUAAUAGUGUAAAUGAUACUGAAAUAAGCCAAACAUUUGCCUCCCCUGACUAGUUCAGGGUUCCUUUUGCUAUUGCAUUGUGAAACAGUCUCUCACAAUUAUUUUGUGUACACAAUAAAAGAGUUGUCUUUCCUA